CCUAGUUCUUCAGUCUCACCAAGACCAUCAUCACCUACAGCACCAUGAAGGUUGUGGCACUCGCACUGACUAUUCUGCUGGUGGCCGGCGCCCAGGCUCGCAAUCUGCAGGCCGAUGCCCCAUCCCCACUCCAGCAUGUGAGGUCCGCAGCCCUCAUGUACCUUCAGCAGGUGAAGGAGACUGCACAGAAGGCCCUGGUCCACCUCGACGACACCGAAUUCAAGGAUUACAAGAUGAAGGUCUCCGAGAGCCUUGACCAGAUGGUCACCUCCAUCGAAGCCGCCUCCGCCAGCAUGGCCCCCACCACCGACGCCGUCGCCGCCCAGGUCAUGGAGCUCACCGCUGGCCUGCGCGCCUCCAUCACCGCCGACAUCGAGGAGCUGAAGAAGACCAUCGAGCCCAAGCGCGAAGAGCUGAGGGCAGUUCUUCAGAAGCACAUGGAUGAGUACCGCGCCAAGCUGGAGCCCAUCAUGUCCGAGUACACCGCCAAGCACCGCGCCGAGAUGGACGCCCUGAAGGCCAAGAUGGAGCCCGUCAUGGCUGAGCUGAAGACCCGCGUCGAGGCCAACGUGGAGGAGACCAAGUCCAAGCUGAUGCCCAUCAUCGAGGCCAUCCGUGGCAAGCUGACCGAGCGCCUGGAGGAGGUCAAGACCAUGGCCACCCCCUACGUCGAGGAGUACAGGGAGCAGCUGACCCAGAGCAUCACCGAGCUGCGUGAGCAGAUGGCCAAGAACGACGGCCUGGCCGAGGAGCUGAAGACCAAGCUGAUGGGCGUCUACGAGACCGUCAGCAAGGCUUUCACCAAGGCCUAAACAGCUUCCCCACAUUCCUUCUUCCCACUCCCCAAACCUCAUCAAGACGACACCUCACUCCUUGUGUUCCUCUCCCUCCUUCGUUCCUUCUCCUCCAUCAUGCUCGCUCGCUCACUCACAACAACAUCACAUACAUGCACUUUCCCUCGACCUCUAGUGACAAGGGCUAAUGCAAUGCCAUGGCUGGACACUUCGCCUUCUAACACACAACCAAAAAAACGGCCUAACACACACAGACACACACAUACUACACCGUGUGGGGUGAUUGCACAGCUGUAAGCACGCAGAAGAUGAAACACACACACUUUUGUUGUUGUUGUUGUCGUUGCCAUUCAAACUAAAACCUUGUGUCAUGCUUGAAUUGUUCUGUCAUGCUGCUGCUUGUUAGAGAAAACUUGUGUAUUUACACUGUCUGUCCAAUAAAAACCAGACUGUUUCAUACUAGUCA